AUGAGGCUGGGCGCAAUCCAUGUCCCGCUGAAUUGGCGCCUCGCCCGGCCCGAGCUCGCGAAGCUGUUGGCCGACUGCACCCCGACCAUUCUCUUUACAGAUCACGACGAUCUACCGGAACUGCCUCUUGGCUGUCGCUACAUUGGGUUUUUGACAUUCUGUGCGAGCGUGGAUGCCGCAGAGCCUGGCCCUCGGCUGGAAGCGCGGCCUUUCAUUUUGAUAGAAGUCGAUACGGGGAGCGUCUUCUUGUGCGACGGUCCUAUGUUCUACUUUAUGGGGCUCGUCGCCCAGAUAUGGCCCUCGCUUAUGAGAGGUGGCACCUUUAUCGUCUUUUCCAAAUUUCAACCGGAAAUAACUAAUGUCCGCCUGAGCGAUGCCGGACUCGGCGUUACUCACUACUUUUGUGUGCCUCAGAUGGCCGAGGCUCUUGCCGGCGUAUCAAAUUUCACCCUAUCAGCAUGGUCAGCCUUGAAAGCCCUCUUUACUGGUGGUGCGCCUAACCCUCUAGCUAGGAUUAAGUGGUGGCUGGGUCGUGGGGUCCGAAUGGUGGAUGGCUAUGGAUCGACUGAAAUGGGGACGUGCUCUGGAAUGCCGCUGUUAGCAGAGCUUAUUAGUAGUAAGGCCGGUUUAGUGGGUCUUCCGGGCCCGUUGACGGCGGUCCGAGUUGUGGACGGAGGUGACCAGGAAGUUCCCGUUGGUGAGCCUGGUGAGAUAUUAGUCUCAGGCCCGAGCGUCACGCCGGGCUAUUGGAAUCGACUAGACGAUAAUAUGGUUGCUUUUACUGAAGACGGCUGGUUUCGGACUGGGGAUAUCGGGCGGGUCGACGAGGGGGGCUAUAUUUUUCUUAUCGAUAGGCGCAAGAACAUGUUCAUAUCUGGGGGAGAGAAUGUGUAUCCCGCCGAAGUUGAGGCUGUACUGGCUGAGCAUCCCGGGGUAUUAGAUGUUAUAGUUGUGGGCGUUUCCGAUUAG